AGCGAGUGUGAGAAAACUAAAAACUGAACCCAAUCGGGUCCGAAGCUGCCGCUUCCUUCUCUCCCCGUACUGCUCUACAGUACUCGACAUAUCCACACUUUCUAGCCCUUCCAGCUCCUUCACCCCACUCCUCCCUCCGCCCGUAACUCCUCGCCUCCUUUCCGUCUCUCCCUCUCUCCUUCUUUCCUUUGUUUUGCACACCAACCGACAACCGUGUCACCAUUAAAAAAAAUCAUAUUUUCCCUCUUUAUUUUUUCCCCUCUUCUCCUUCAUUCCAAACACACUCGACAAGAAAACUGAUCAACAAGGAAUGCCGAAAUCAUACACAGGAAGCGUUGCAACGGACCAAGCACUGGCAGGAUUCACAGGCGGCGCGGUCUCGACAAUAUGUCUUCAUCCACUGGACCUCAUCAAAACGCGCUUCCAAGUGAAUGCAUCCCAGGCAGCGCCGAGGAUCGGAGGCACAUUCCGCAGUUUUCAACAAAUCUAUAGGAGUGAGGGUUUCCGUCAUGGACUCUAUCGUGGACUGACACCCAAUUUCGCCGGCGCUACCGUCUCCUGGGGCCUUUACUUUUAUCUCUACGCAGGCAUCAAGGCAAGGAUGGCCGUCGAUCCUACGACUGGACGUCUGGGACCCACACAACACAUGACCGCCAGUAUGCUCGGAGGCGCUCUUACCGCGCUCGUGACCAAUCCCUUCUGGGUGAUUAAAACCAGGAUGUGCACCACCCAAAGAACCAGUCCAGGAGCAUAUCAGAGUUUGAUCGGAGGGUUGGUUUCGCUCGUCAAGACGGAGGGCGUGCAAGGGGUAUACCGUGGAAUUGUACCGGCAUUGUUUGGAACGAGUCACGGAGCGAUUCAGUUUAUGGCAUAUGAACAGCUGAAGUACUGGAGGCAGGAGGUAAAGAAGAAAAGGUGGGAGAAACAGUUUCUGGAGGAGGUCCGCGGCAAGAAGGGCGAACCGAUCUCGGAUUCGUCUGCAGGAAUCUCCUCCGAAGGAAGAACGGGCGUGAGCAUGGAUCCAAAGACGUUCGAGAAGUUGAGAGAGACGAGGUUGUUGGAGCAGAAACAGGACUGGGAGACAUUAUCGACGGUUGAGUAUUUGUGUAUGGCGGCGACCUCGAAGGUUGCGGCGACGGUGGCGACGUAUCCGUAUCAGGUUCUGAGGUCGAGGUUGCAAAUGAUGAAGAGUCCCUCGACUGAGGUUGUUUAUACGGGCGUCAUGGACUGUAUCCGCAAGAUCAAGAGAGCGGAGGGAAUUCUGGGCUUCUACAAGGGCGUGGCGCCGAAUGUGAUUCGAGUGCUUCCAGGAACAUGCAUCACCUUCCUCGUCUACGAGACUGUCAGUGCCUGGUGUCGCAACCAUGCCCGGUACGGACUCGACGAGUGAAGAGUGUCGUGUCUCUUCAAGCAGUGGGGUUUUCAUUCAGCAUUAUAUUUUGUUGCUUUGUUUUAUUCCCUGACCUGGCCGGUGUUAUCGACUUUCAUUUUUUUUGUACUUGAUCAACAUAGCAUCCAUAUCUAUUCAUCUUUUCUUUUUCCUUGUUAUCAUAGACCGCAUCGUUUUCUCCUCUCAUUUGGUUUUUGCUUUCCUUGUUUGUUUUUUCCUCUGAUGAUCCAGCUCUGACAUUAUGAUAUUACAGCGAUUUGUAUUUUCUGAUGCCUCCAAUAAAGGAACGAUAAUGACAUC